AAUAAUUCACAUGACAAGUCAAUUUUUGGCUUUAAAUAGCCUCAUGGCUACAUGAUGAUAGAGAGAGCUCAAGCAAAGUUGGGAAGCUCUUGGCAAGGAAGAGAGGAGAAAGAAAGAGAAGCUCUUGAUGCAAAUUGGUUCAUUUCAUUGAAACACACGCUAUGGAAUUUCAAGAACAGCUCCAUUUUGCACUUGCUUUCACCAUAACUAUUGCCAUAUUAGUGGUCACAAUCCUUGUUAAAGGCAACAAGAGACAAAAGAGGAGGCCCCCAGAGCCAGAUGGGGCAUUACCUUUUAUUGGUCAUCUUCAUCUUUUUGGAAAAAACCAGCUGCUACACAGGAUAUUUGCAGACAUGGCUGACAAGCAUGGACCGGCCUUCUUGAUCCGUCUCGGGGUUCGUCGAGCACUUGUGGUGAAUAACUGGGAAGUUGCAAAAGAAUGUUUCACGACCAACGAUAAGGUCUUCUCCGCACGUCCAAAGUCCAUAGCUGUAAAGUAUAUGGGAUAUGACUAUAAGAUGUUAGGUUUCGCUCCUUACGGACCUUAUUGGCGUAAUAUGAGGAGUCUAGCAAUGGUUGAGCUCCUCUCUAUUCGUCGGCUCGAGUUACUCAAGCAUGUUCGUGACAAUGAAAUCGGUAGCUUUAUAAAGGAAUUGUAUGAGCAAUCGGUGAAAAACGGAGGCGUUGCUCUUUUAGAAAUGAAGGAGAGAAUUGGUGACUUAGCAACCAACAUUAUAGUCCGGAUGGUUGCUGGCAAAAGAUAUCAUGGUACUAGCGAGGAAUCGAGACGAUUCCAAAAGGCCUUGAGUGAUUUCUUUUAUCUUGCAGGGUUGUUUUUGGCCUCAGAUACGAUUCCUUUUCUCGGUUGGCUUGAUGUUGUGAUGGGGAACAUAGGCAAAAUAAAGAGGACAGCAAAGGAAUUGGAUUUUGCAAUAGGAAGCUGGGUAAACGAGCAUCGCGAACGGAGGCUCGACAAAGGCAUCGAAGGGAACCAAGAUUUCAUUGAUGCCAUGUUGUCUAUCAUGGAUGAAAACAAUGUACCAAUUCAAGAGGCUGAUGUUACCAUUAAAGCUAAUUGCCUGACUCUUGCCUUGGGUGGCAUCGAUACAAACGUGUCCACACUUUCAUGGGCGAUCUCCUUGCUAUUGAAUAACCGCCAUGUUCUAAAGAAGGCUCAAGAAGAACUUGACAUCCAUGUCGGGAAGCAACGACAAGUGGAAGAAUCAGACAUAGCUAACUUGGUAUACCUACAAGCCAUUAUCAAGGAAACAUUGCGGUUAUACCCAGCGACGCCAGUAUCGGUAGCAAGAGAAGCUAUGGAUGACUGCACCGUAGCCGGUUUCCACAUUCCGGCAGGCACUCAACUGUUGCUUAACCUGUGGAAGCUACACCGUGACCCCGGAAUUUGGCAUAAGCCAUUAGAUUUCCUCCCUGAGAGAUUCCUCAGUGACCAUGCUAACAUUGAUGUGAGGGGUCAAAAAUUUGAGCUUAUACCAUUUGGUGCUGGUAGAAGGAUUUGUCCUGGUAUCACUUUCGCCCUUCAUUUCCAACACUUAGCUUUGGCUCGACUGCUUCAUGGAUUCGAAUGGGGAACGGUCUCGGAUAAAAGCGUCGACAUGAGUGAAAGGCCCGGAAUAAUUGUUCCUAAAGCUACACCAUUAGAGGUUACUCUUACACCAAAGUUACCUUCUGAAUGUUAUUAGUAAGCUUGAGUCCAAUAAUGUGGUCCCACGAAUAAAAUUACGAAUUUAGAAGGUAAGUGUGUAUUUAAAAUAACUUAUAAUUAAUAACACUACUUAUGUAUGUAUGUAAUUAAAAUAAAAAAUUAGUUUAACUUGUGUGUUUGCCUGAUAGUUAAAGUGUUCAUCGCCCUAGGUAUGGUCUGGGUUUGAGUCAUGUUAAUCUCGUUGUUAUUAGGACUUUAUCCUAUUCUUGUAACUCAGCAAAAUAAAAAAUAAAAAAAUUGUUUAAACUAAUUUGUAUUCUCAUAA